GAUAAUGUAUCCAGGAUGUCAGGUUUACCGAAACUUAAGCAAACUAGUGGCGGACAAACUGGCACCAAGCCAAAAUCAAAACUCGCGAGAUUGACAACUUCCCGAUUUUCACCGAAAAAACAGCAAAGUGUGCCAUCGACCUCGGCUCUGGAAGUUCUUCCCAACUCCCUUCCGAUUACUUCAUCGCCGAAAAGGUCACCGAGACACAAUCCGAGCAACAACAAUUUCCAGGAAGGAAAAGAAGCGCCCACAUUGGGCGCCAAAUCUGUUACUUUUGAACAGGACCUCCUUUCUGGAGAAGAAAUGGGGCUGGUUUAUGGUCCAAUGUCCAUGUUUAUCAACCACGAGGAGCCUGUGAUAUCCUUCCUGGAAUUUGAGUCCCUGUACAACUUAGAAAAAGAGCUGACCCAGUCGAGAAAGGACCCGAUCGCUGAAUUGGACGAAAAAUGCAUACUCGGCAGCUGGUUUGGAACCAAACAGGGUGUCUACACGGAACUUCCCGAUCCUUGCAGGAAUGUUGAGUGGCUCAGGAGCCAAACUUCUCAAAAGGACAAGUUUGAUACUCCUCCUAGUCAAGUGCCUUCAGAGGGAUUCAGUUUCGCGCCUGGUUGGGCGAUAAACGCCGAACAUUUCUACCAAUGGCAGCAACGCGGAAAGUCUAUUCAGCAGAUCUACACAGACUGGGCAAAUCACUACCUCGAAAGAGGUGGAUGCAAAAGAAGGGUCAGCGACCUUCAGGCAGAUCUUUGUGACGGAGUCCUUCUUGCCGAUCUCGUCGAAUCCGUCACGAAUCAGAAGGUGAUAGACAUAAACCGAAAACCGAAGAGCGCUCAACAAAUGGUGGAAAACGUGAGUUUAUGCGUGGGCGCGCUCCGAGUCCUCGGCGCCGAUGUGGGUGCUGUCAAUCCCGGGGAAUUGUCCGCCGGUACCUCACUACGACCAGUUCUAGCCCUUCUGUUCGCGUUGUCCAGGCACAAACAGCGAGCCAAGCAGCUUCAAGACAUGCCGAGACUCCCGUCGCCGUACAACAAACAGACAGCCGGAGGGGGUGGUUCGACGAGCAUCCCCUUGCCUGCCACAGUCACUGCGACAAGAAGAUGCCCUCCGGACAAGGUCAGGCCGGUUGCUGCCCCUACACAUCAAACACAGCUCGGUGGCUUGAAACACGGUAAUGGUGGAAUCGCGAGUGCCAGUAGUUCGCGCAGUACGAGUCCAAGCCAGCAGCCACCACAAGGAUUGUCUUUUAUCCCGCAACCGCGGACUCAAAACACAAACCGGCAGCCCACAGCUACCACACCGAGCCCCCGAGCAUCAACAGUGGGUCGACCGAGCGUUCUGCGGGCUCCACAGCCUUCUCCAUACGCGUCGCCUCCUCCCGCACCGGCCCAAAACAAGAACUCAGUGCUAGACAAGUUUAAGCUCUUCAACAACAAGGACAAGAGCCAAGAAAAGGGCAAAGCUUCUUCAGGAGUCUCCAAGCGCACUUCCAGCUCCUCCGGGUUUUCUUCCGCGCGCUCCGAGCACUCUGACAGCUCGACCUCGCUCUGCGACCAGAGCCGGAACCUGGUCGAGUCCCCGAAGACCAAAACUUUGAAGUCCAAGUUGCAAUCCAAGCAAUCUGCGAAGCAAUCCAGCCCCAAAUCUGGGCGGAAAGACCAAACCAAAGCUCAGAGCAAGAUUGUGAGGAAGGGCUCGGAUAAAUUGAGCUACCCUCCGCUGGAAGAUGCCAAGUCUGCGAUUAAAAUUGCCAACAUUCACACCAACACCGGCAAUUCCAAUUCUAAUGCCAAGAUUCCGCUAGAGAAGGAAAAGCGACCGAAUAAUUUAGAACCGCUGAAGCAGCAAAUAGUUCCGCAGAAGUUUAAUUCUGCUUUGAUUCCUCCUGGACAUCAAAUUCAAAAUCAAAAUCAAAAUCAAAAGACUAUCCAGGAGAUUUCUGGGAAAAUAUCCAGCAAAGUUGACCAGAAGGCUAUUCAAAGGCCGAAAAUGGAACUGCCAAGUAAGAUUAAUUCCCCGACAAUGAAGGUUCCUGUUAAUGGACUGAACAAAGACUCUGGAAAAGGAUUCCCGACUUGCAAUGGAGUCAUUGGAACAUCGCCGGUUCGGGACAGCGAAUUGGAAAAAACUAUGAGCAUGAAUUACGCAAAUUCCAACUUCUCGGAAGAAAAAUGCUUGGAUAAAAAUUUUGACGGCGAUAUGGACGGUAAUAAAAAGACUGAGGUCGAUAAUUUGGACACCUGCGUUAUCGAUAACCACAAAAGCGAAGAAAAUGACGGCAAUGAUUCUUCUGGGAAUGUUAAUGGUAUCUCGAAUGUUAAUAAAGCUUCUGCGGAGAAUAAUUCGCAGAAAAUAAGCCCGUUUCCGAACUCUGGAAAUGGGCAGACUGCGCCGGGGCUGAGUCCCGGUUCGAGUAUUCCCAAACCGAUGGCGCUGGUGAAAGGAACCACCAAGCCGCCGAAGGAACCGGUUCCUGCGAUCCUAACCGCGAUGAAGAUGAAGCCGGAUUCGGUCCACAGGAAACUGGACCCUAAUACCGUCGCGAUGGUCUCGCCGAUGCCCAGUAUCUCGGAUUUGAUGUCCGAGAGCUCGCACAGUAACUCCAAUAGCACCGGGCAGAGUAAUAGCAGUGAUAGCAGUGUUAUCUACAGACCUAGCAGCGAGAGCGGAAGUGAUAUUAAGACUAUUCCCAACAGGAAAAUUGAUACUACUUUUGAGCAGAUGGAAAAGGUGAGCAAACCGGUGUUAUCGGAUAGCUGCGGUGGUAAUGUAGCAGAUGACGACACGGAAAUGACCGUGAAACCGAUGCAGCCGCUGCUGAGAGGGUACACACCAGGUGCUCGAUGUCUCCAAACUCUUCCGAGCCGUACAACCGGCCGGCAGUACACAAUCCUCCACUCAUCGUCUCAUCAUCACGUUGCGCAAGAUUACUCCGACAUUGACAUCGCCUCAGGAUACUUGAGCGACGGAGAGGUGCUCAGAGGGGCAGUGAACAUAGCCAACCGUACGGUAUCGGAUUUAUGCGACGGGUACAUGUCUGAAGGUGGCGCAUCACUCUAUUCUCGGAGGAUCAAUCCGUCUUAUGGUCACGAUCAUGAUAGGUACGUGGGCGGAUCCAGGCGGGAGCUAUCGGGAGUGAAGGAGCUCGUGAGCACGAGGAGGGUGCAAAAAAGCAGGCAUCCAACGUCAAACAUAACUCGGGAUGGAUCAUCAAUCGGGUGCGACGGAGUUGGAGUCGGAGUCGGUCUUCUAGGAGGCUGCAGUGGCGGAAGCGACGCCCUGGCAGAGCUCACUAUUGAGGACCUGGCUGCUAUCCCCUCUGGUAAUCACGGAUCUCAUCACACGGGGCAUCCUUCGCAUCAUAAGAGGGUGCCAGGAGGUAGUGUCGUCGUGGGGGGUGGCGUCGGCAGUGGCUCAGCCACCCCCCAAACACAACAGGCUAACAACCUAGUGUAUCGAGUGGUCAGUUCUCGUCAUCAGGGACAUCCCCACGUUAAAAAAUCCGACAGUUCCCAGCAGACUGAAAGUACGGCUUUCAAGCAUCAACAGCAGCAGCAGCAACACCAACAACAACAACAACAACAGCAGCAACAGCAACAACAACAGCAACAGCAGCAGCAACAGCAAAAUAAUUGCUCAGCAAACAAUAGUAAUUCCAAUAGUCAACAAUGGAAAAAGUACAUCGAAGCCGGGGCUGCACGAGACAGAGAACGAGACAAGGAAGGAGCGCCGUCGAGUCCUAGUCCCUCUAGACGAUCACAGGACAAACACAGAAAGCAGGCCAUGGCUGAGUACACCAACGGAGAAAAGCCGCAGAAAGUUUCGUCUGGCACGUCGACAAACAGCAGUAGCAAGGUCAGAGGAGUUCCUCAGAGCUUUGGAUACGUUAAAAGACACAGUGCUGGUACCAGUCCAAGUCCCAAUGGAGUCCAGAAUGGCAAAGACGCCACUAGGACUGCUCAAGUCAGUGCUGUGCCACGGACUAAGGUUAAAGUUUCCGGAGGUACCCAGACAUGCACUACUGAAUUGCAAGCGAACUCCGCGGCGAAUCAAGGUCAUCACUACAAAAGCUACAGCCUGACCGGGCCAAGUGCGAGCCAGCUGUCCCAGUCAGUCAGAGACAGACUGAUGCUCGGAUCACAGAGCUUGCCAAAACCUGGAAGUCCAGAAUUCACGGCGCUGUUCGCGUCAGCUCAUCAUCGAGACCGUGGCGGCAACGCGGGGCCUGCUACCGCGGGAUUUUCCCCGCGGGUUUUAAAACCUUCUGACGGAAGUCUCAGUGACACUUGCAGCAAUUACGCGGCGCCUGAUAUUCAGAGUUACUAUGCGCCAAACAGUCCCUACGCGACUUCCUGGAUGAGACACAGCAACACUUAUACUCCCAGUGGAAGAUCUCAAGGUAUGGGACUGUGCGAAGCUGAUAGCGUUGAAUCGUUAGGAUCUCAUAGAACCAGUUUGAGCCACGCGCGAUUGCUGAUGCACCAGCGAGACUCGAGUGGGUCGCCAGCACCUCCGCGUCUAAAUAGGAGCAAUUCCAUCAGCCAUCUAAGGGACAGGACUUUCCCAAGGUCGACCAAAAGCGAAAAAAUGUACCCGUCAAUGCUUACUCGGGGCAGUGGAGCGUCUUCAUCAGUCGGCGAAGAAGUCGGUAUCGGGAUUGGAGUCGGCGGUGAGCCCUACUAUAGUGUUCCAGUCGGCUCGGCAGGAUGUGCUGGGCAACAUUGGUCGCAACCUACGUCUCCGACACCUACUCACGCCUCCAGACAGCCGCCUAAUCUUUAUCAGCACGUUCAUAAAGAUGAUGACAUUCAUGGUUCCUCAGUUUCGUUGGUAUCAACAGCCAGCAGUUUGUACAGUUCAGCGGAAGAAAAACAAGCUCACGAGUUAAGAAAAUUACGCCGGGAGUUGCUGGACGCGCAAGAAAAAGUUCACUCGCUAACCAGCCAGCUGUCAACUAACGCCCAUGUCGUGUCAGCCUUCGAGCAGUCCCUGUCGAACAUGACCCAAAGGCUCCAGCAGCUCACAGCGACCGCCGAGAAAAAGGACUCGGAGCUGCAAGAACUGCGGGACACAAUAGAGCGCCUACGAAAGCAAAGUGCCGAGGCAAGCCUGAACAACGGUACAUCACCGGGCGGACGAAGACAUACCUUAGGUGACUCAGACUCAGGGUCGACGGGCUGCACCGGUUUCAGCAACCAUCAGGGCUCGUCAAUAGCUCGGCAGCUAUCGGCAGACAGCGUGACUUCUCUAAACUCCUUAAGCAGCGCGUGUUCGGUGAGCAGCCACCACAAAAAGAAAGGCUGGCUCCGCAGUUCCUUCUCCAAGGCGUUCUCUAGGUCACGGAAAAAUCGCCACGGCUCGGUCUCCGACGCGGAGGACUGCAAGGACUCCGCCGUUCCGCGGAUUCCCGGAGAACUCAGCGCCCCCAACAGUCCUCGAUUGCCCACGGCGAUCAAACACGACAAAAAUAACCACGACAAUCAAGGACAGAAGGUGAACGGACAGCAAAAAUCACCGGAGCAUGAGAACGCCCUGUCUGCCAGCAAGAGCAGCUCCGCGCUCUACAAGAAGGACAAUGCCAAAGAAGAUGAAGACGUUGAUGAGCUUAAGAAACAAUUAAGAGAAAAGGACAUGGUGCUCACAGAUAUCAGACUCGAGGCUUUGUCUUCUGCUCAUCAAUUGGAGUCACUCAAGGAUACUGUUAUUAAGAUGCGCAACGAAAUGCUGAACCUGAAACAGAACAACGAGCGACUGCAGCGCCUAGUAACCUCAAAGUCGCUGACCUCCUCGCAAUCAUCCCUGCCGAGCGACCCAGAACGCCGGUUCUCGAUGACAGAGGUCGUGUCGAGCGUAGCAGCGCUCUCUAACGGCGAGCACUCAUCGGAACAACUGGAAGACUUGGGGGUUCCGGAACACCCGAUAGUUCCCAGCACCAGAGCGUAUCCCUCGACAACAUCAGAACCAGUGAUCGAGCAGGAAACCGACGGGAAGCGUAUCCACGUAGCAGUGUACCUGGGCAGCGAGAACAGCUUCAACUUGAACCUGCUAACCGACGGAAUUAGCAGUGAGCCGCCUCACUGUGUCAUCGCGAGCGUGUGCAUUUCCAACAAGACCACCUGGGACUCCCUGGACUCGACAGUCCGUCGCUGCUUCAAGGAGUACGUCUCCCGGGUGGACCCGGUGACCAACCUAGGACUGGGAGUCGAGUGUGUCUCUUCCUACCACCUUGGAGAAGCCUCCAGGUGUACUUCAGACUCUCAGCAUCCUGAGCUGCUGCCCUGUGGGUAUUUAAUUGGUCAUGUCAAGACAAUUUUCCUGGUCCUUAGUGGGUACUCUUGGUUAGCAAUCGACACCUUGAUCCCUAGGUCGAUAGUCCAGAGGUUGAUCAAUCUCCUGACGGAGCACCGACGCGUGAUCCUCUGCGGGCCCAGCGGAACUGGGAAAAGCUACCUUGCAGGAAAACUCGCCCACGCUUUGGUAGAUUCUGACUCUGAUGGAGAAAACAAAGACGCAGCUGCUGUAGCGACUUUCAAUGUUGAUCACAAGUCCAGCAAGGAGUUGAGACAGUACUUGGCGCACAUUGCCGAGCGCUGCGACUCCAACGCAGCUGAUGAACUUCCUAGAGUUAUUAUUUUGGAGAACUUGCAGCAUGCUGCGUCUUUGGGCGAAUUAUUCAGCGGACUUUUGGGAACUAGACAUUUAUCUUGUCCAGCGAUUAUUGGAACGAUGAGCCAGGCGACCUGCAGCACCACUAACCUGCAACUGCAUCAUAAUUUCCGAUGGGUGCUGUGUGCGAACCACAUGGAACCUGUCAAAGGGUUCCUGGGAAGGUACUUACGCAGAAAGCUGCUGGAACACGAGCUCAGAGAAGAGGGCUGCAGGAAUGCCGAGAUGGCUGCUGUUGUUGAGUGGCUCCCCAGGGUCUGGUUGCAUUUGAAUAAAUUCCUGGAGACACAUAGUAGCUCGGAUGUUACUAUUGGUCCCAGGUUGUUCCUGUCCUGUCCGAUGCAGGUCGCUGGCUCUCAGGUUUGGUUCACUGAUCUGUGGAAUUAUACGGUGAUGCCUUACCUGACUGAGGCCGUCAGAGAGGGACUGACGUUGUAUGGACGACGGGCCAGUGGGAACGGGAACACUGAUGGCGGCUGGGAGGAUCCGACUCAGUUUAUUGUGUCCAGUUAUCCAUGGGUUUCGGCUCAUGCUGUUCAUGGUGGGAGUGAUAAUCUUAUGAGGUUGAGGCCUGAAGAAGUUGGGUAUGAUGUCGUCAAUUCUGGGCAUAAUUCUGGAGUUGGAGCUUCUAGUGUUAAGAGUCUUGGCAGCGCGCACAGUGAUACUGAGGGAGAUCCGUUGUUAAAUAUGUUGAUGAGACUGCAGGAAGCCGCGAAUUAUUCAAGUCCACACAGUAACGACAGCGACUCUGUUACUUCUCUAGAUUCUUCUCACACUCGACACUCUGAAGAUCUUACUUCAUCAUCUCGAGGAGUAGAGUCCACUCUAUAAAUCACCUACGUAAUUAAUAUUUUUACAUGGAAUAAAAAUACCGAGGCAAUAAAAAUUUAAAUAAUAAUAAAUAUUAUUAUUAUUUUUACAAUAAGGUUACUUGCCAGCUGAUUAAAAGCUUUUUAUUAAAUAAAAAUAAAAUUAUUAUUUUUACCAGUUUGCUAAAAAAAUUUACAAAUUUUUAACACUUUUUAAAUACGUACUUUUAGUGAAGAAGCGGUCUAAUAUAAUGGCGAUAAUUUUUAUGUAAAGCAUCAGUAUACAAUGCAAUAAAUCACAUUUAGUGUCAAUAUAUUUUAAUUAUAACAAUAAUAAUUAAAUAAAAAUGUAUUGAUGUCUUUACAAUGAAGGACAGGCGAUGCGAGGUGAAAGUGAUGAAUUUUUAAAAAAUCAAGUACAGUAUUAAUCAAGAGUAUCAACUCGACAUUUAAUAAAUUAUUAUAAAUAAUAAUAUUAAUAAUUUAAUAAAUAACGAUCAAAGGUUCAAUAACUGGUGAUAUAUCUGACUAAAAAAUAAAAUAGUAAAAGCAACAAUUUACCAGUAAAUAUUUGUACGGUUCUUAUUAUAUUUAUACAGAUUACAAUUUAUUAAUUAAAUUAAUUGAUAAAAAAAAUUUUUAUUUAAUUUAAAUGUUAAUAAAUAAUAUAUAAAUAAUAAUAUUAAUAAAAAAAAUAAAUGUGACUACGCCGCUGAAUUUUAUAUAAAUUAUCUGAAAUUUAAUACAAUAAAUAAAUAAAUGAAAAAUAGUUAUGUAAGCUCGUGAGUAAUUCUGGUCAUUAUUUUCGUUGUAAAUAAAUCCAAGUAAAUAAUUAAUAAAAUAACUUUUUUAUGUAUGUGAGUCGGCUAAAUUGCAAUAGUUGUGCGUUUAUGUAAAAAUAAUUCAUAAUUAAUUAAUUAAUAAUAAUAAAAUAACGCUAUUUCAUUAUAAUAAACUGCUGAGAUUUUUUAAAAAAUGAAUAUAUAAAUUUUUGUAACUUUUAAAUCUAUUAAAUAUUAAUGUAAAUGUUUUUUAUGUACGCAAUAUGAUCGAAUUGAUAUACAUAUGUGACUGUAAAUGUAAAUUAACGAAUAUAUAUGACAACAGCUGCAUUUGGAAAUAUUUUUUACGUUUGUAUUGUAUUUGUAAAACUUUGCACGAAAAAAAAAAAAUUAUCCGAAAUAAUUGUGUCAUUAAUAAAAAUCUCAUAAAUGUU